AUGGCUCUUUCAUCUGCAAGGUCUGAGAAUAAGGUGUCUCUUAUCUGUACACAUGAUGAAUUAGGAGGUAUGAAGUCGGGGCAUGACAUGAGACUUGAUGCUUUGUUUAUUGAGGAUACUGAUGUUGUGGGAAUUGAUAAUUCUAAAAACCAAUUGAUUUCAAUGCUUGAUGUGGGAGAUAAGGAUCUACUUAUCGUCACUGUGGUAGGGAUGGGUGGCCUAGGAAAGACCACUCUUGUGAGGAAAGUCUAUGAGAGUCACGUUAAGGGGCGCUUUGAUUGUCAAGCUUGGAUUACUAUUUCCCAGUCAUUUACUAGCUUGGAACUUCUUCGAGCUUCCUUCAAGAGCUUUAAAAAUGAAAUAAAUGAAGAGUCUUGGAAACUUUUCUGCAAGAAAGCUUUUCGAGGUGAAUACAAAAAUGUUUGCCCCGAAGAAAUGCAUGAUAUCUCGCGGAGCAUCAUGAAAAAGUGCGGAGGACUGCCUCUCGCAAUUGUAGUCCUUGGUGGUUUGCUGGUUACAAAGGAGAAACAUGUUCUCGAAUGGCAGAAAAUUCUAAAAAGCCUAUCUCCCGAUACGAGAGUCAUCUUGGAACUUGAGAGUCUAGAGAGGAUAUUAUUAUUAAGUUACAAUGACUUGCCAAAUCAUCUCAAAUAUUGCAUCUUGUACACAAGCAUGUUUCCGGAGGAUUAUCACAUCAGGAGAUCGAGACUCAUUCGUUUAUGGGUGUCUGAAGGAUUUGCGGAAGACAAACCAGGAUAUACCCGUGAAGAGGUCGCUGAUGUCUACCUAAAUGAAUUGAUUAACCGAAGUAUGAUUCAAAUUGUUUUGAAAAGCAAUUAUAACAAGGUCAAGUGUUGUCAACUUCAUGAUGUCUUGCGAGAUAUUCUUCAAAGGAAAUCCAGAGACGAGUCAUUUUCCAUUGUUUUGAAAGAUGAAGAACUAUUACAAUCAAGUGAGAAGAUUCACCGUGUCGCAAUUUAUGAGAAUUUUCAUCGCCAAACUGUUGAAUAA